GUCUCUCAUUUGAACAAGCCGAGUGCCUUCACCGCCACCAGCAGCAGCAUCCCUGUACGCCCUGCUCAUCAAUAUGCGCUUCAGCUCCUGAAUGUAAGAGCCCUCUCGCACAGUCAGAGACGGCAAAGAAAAGCGGAGCCAGUAAUUCACGCCAGGGAGGCGAUGUCAGCCCAUAUUUCAUAUCUGACUCCAUCCACAGCGAGCUGCUGACUUUUUCCCACCCCUUGAGUCGACUUUCUCCUUUUUGGAGGGCGAUCAAUGGAUUUACUCUGAUUUGAAGAGCGUCCGGAACCGUCUGUUGAUCGGGGGGGUUCUUUGCUGUUGUUGUGGCUGUAAACAACGAAAAAAAAAAGAAAAACAGGAAAAACAGGAAAAGGGUGAUGUUUUCUUUGCACGGUGUUCGUCAAUUUCGCGUCUUGUCCGCACUGGUUGUCGGUUCGAUUGUGUGUUGCGCGAAAAGCGUCAAUGAACCGAGCAACAUGUCUUUCGUGAAGGAGACGGUGGAUAAACUACUGAAGGGUUAUGAUAUCCGACUGAGGCCGGACUUUGGAGGGGCCCCUGUUGCAGUCGGAAUGAGCAUAGACGUGGCCAGCAUAGACAUGGUGUCAGAAGUCAACAUGGACUACACGUUGACCAUGUAUUUCCAGCAGUACUGGAGGGACAAGCGUCUAGCCUAUGUAGGAAUCCCCCUCAACUUGACCCUGGAUAACAGGGUUGCUGACCAGCUCUGGGUACCCGACACCUACUUCCUCAAUGACAAGAAGUCUUUCGUCCACGGAGUCACAGUGAAAAACCGCAUGAUCCGCCUACAUCCUGACGGAACCGUUCUCUACGGCCUCAGGAUAACUACAACAGCAGCAUGUAUGAUGGAUCUCAGGAGGUAUCCCCUGGAUGAACAGAACUGCACUCUGGAGAUAGAGAGCUAUGGCUACACCACGGACGACAUUGAGUUCUACUGGAAAGGAGGCGAGUCGGCUGUAACGGGGGUGACACGGAUCGAGUUGCCUCAGUUCUCCAUUGUCGAUUACAAGUUGGUGUCCAGAAACGUUGUCUUUUCCACAGGUGCCUACCCUCGACUGUCUCUGAGCUUCAAGCUGAAGAGGAACAUCGGCUACUUCAUCCUGCAGACGUACAUGCCAUCGAUCCUGAUUACCAUCCUCUCCUGGGUCUCCUUCUGGAUAAACUAUGAUGCGUCCGCAGCCAGAGUGGCUCUAGGGAUCACCACGGUGCUGACCAUGACAACUAUCAACACCCAUCUGAGGGAGACGCUGCCCAAGAUCCCCUACGUCAAGGCCAUUGACAUGUACCUAAUGGGCUGCUUCGUCAUGGUCUUCCUGGCCCUGCUCGAGUACGCCUUCGUGAACUACAUCUUCUUCGGGCGGGGCCCUCAGAUGCAAAAGAAGCUAGCGGAGAAGGCAGAGAAGGCCAACAACGAGAAAGCGGCCAAGUACGACGCUGCGAGGGAGGCAGGUAGUAGGACCGCGUCCCUAAAACGGUCCAAUCAGGUUAAAGGUCUUCGCCACUCACGCUCGGCAGAACCACACGGCCAUGGGAACAUCCUGCUAACCACCCUGGAGAUCCAUAAUGAAGUGGCAGGAGGGGAGAUCACCACCAGCGUGGCGGACAUUAGGAACUCUCAGUCCAUGGUGCAGUUGGACAGCACGGCCUCAUCGCACAUCCAGUACCGCAAGCAGAGCGGCGGAAUCGGCCCGCGCUCCACCAGCCGCCACUCUCUGGACCGCUCGGCCCAGAUGAAACGCAGCCGCCUGCGGAGGCGGUCCUCGCAGCUCAAAAUCAAAAUCCCCGACCUGACGGAUGUGAACGCCAUCGACCGCUGGUCACGGAUCAUCUUCCCCUCUGUUUUCUCACUGUUCAACCUUGUCUACUGGCUCUACUAUGUCUGAUUGGACUGUUUUGUUGAGGUGUUUGAUGUUGUUUGACUUUUUUUUCUUUUCUUUUUCUUCCUUUUUCUGUUGCUUUUAUACAUGAUGGAAUAUGUCUGGAAUAUGUCAGGUUAAAGACUGCAACAAUACGACAAAAAAAAAAAAAAGACUGAGAAAGACUACAGAGUUUUGGACCACGUUCUCGUUAAAAUUGUUUUUAUAUUUGAAGUCAUUGAAUCCUUAGUAUUGAGGUCUUUUUAUUUUCUGAAGUCUGUACUGUAUUUGGGACUUGUGAAAGUCAUUUCCCAACAUUUUCCCUCUCGGUAACGUGUAAAUAGAGAGAUACAAAGCCAGCAAUUGAAUAAAUAAUACAGUAUUUGCAAAAAACAAACAAACAUGAAAGCAGUUGAUGCAAAGAUUUUUCUAAUCAAAAAAUAAUUAAGAAAACUUUAUACUACACAGGUGGUCAGAUAAGUGCAGGCAAUUUUUAAAAAUCCAUUAGACAAACUAAUGUAUGUUUGACUGGUACCCUAUGCACUGUUAAUGCAUGUAAUGAUCAGCCAUUGUGGAAAAGUAAUGACUCCUUGGGUUAUGGCACAACCUUACAGAAGAAAGGCUGCUGAUGUGUAUUUGUUUAUAGUGUUGAUAAUAUACAAUAUACUUGCUAUUAACUAUAUCAUGCAUUGAUCUGGUAAACCUUUACCCAAACACAAUAAUUUAAAGUCGAGGACUUUGUCCUCUGUUCAGGAUGACUGCGACUCAGGUUCUGAAUGUUUUACUAUUUGGCAUCUUUUUCUUGACAAAGAAAAGUGUCACUGAAGUUUCCUUUUUGGUAAUUUGAUAUGGAAAAAAAAGCACAAAUACUAAUACGACUGCCAUUUUUUUUCACCUCUAACUUCUCACAACAGCGCUUCAAGUGAUAGCAUGACAGAAUUGCACUCAAAUUUCUCAAACUUCCUCUAAAAACUGUCUUACUUUAAUUUAAAACAACUGCCAAGGGCCUUUUGGGCGACACGGUUACUCAACCCAUGGAAUAUUCUAAUAUUUUUGUACUCUGUGUCUUCAGGUAUUCAUUUGAUUUCCUAAUCUGUCUUGUUUUCUUUUGCUCAACACUAACUCUGCUGUGGAGAUAGAGUGGAGGAAUGAAACCCAUUUUUUGUACAUAAGUACAUAGGUGUGUAUAUACAUAAAUGUAUAUAUAUAUACUGUGUGUACAACCCAAAAUGAAAAUGAUCAAAUAUUGAGCAUUUUGUGAUUGUCAUACUGGCUAUUAACUGUCAGACUAUUUAGUGCAAAAAAAGAAAAAAAGAAGAAGAAGAAAAAAAGAGACGAGGACUAAACAAACGAACCAACAGGUCAGUUUCACACAUCAGUUUAGUUUUUGAACAUUUGUGGGGCACUCUGAGUAAUUUCUCCUCAAACAUCCAACCAUGUUGAAGUUCUACUCUAGACACUGUAUGUACGUUCAGUUCUGCAUUUUAGAGCUACUGUAUGCUCUGCCAUUCAGCAGCAAGUGACGCAAAUGGAUUUCACUGAUUCUGCAGACGGACCCCGGUAACCGGCCCGCUGACUAAUAAGCACAUACUAGCAUUGAAUGUAUCAGAUCCAUUCUUCAGGGAGAGGAUAAUGAGCCAUGGUCAUCAUUUCUCCAUCAGAAUGUAACACACCCAUUCUUACAUUGCCAGUGAUGAGGAAAGAGAGAGAAGGGAUGGUGUUAUACGAGUGUGUGCAUGUGCAUGUGCGUGUGAGAGAGAUGGGAAAUGGAUAAGGAGAGCUCGAGAGAGGAAGGGCACGGGUAGACCAUUAUUUUUCUGUGCUGCUUGCUCGACUAUGGACAAAUGUCAACGUGUAAUAGUUUUGUGGAUAAAAAUAGCUCUCCUGUUUGACUCUUCUGAUAAACUGUGCCACUCCACCCUAAGGUCGCAGAGCAAUCAACUGGUUACAACUCACGGACAAUGAUGUAAAUCUGAAGCAUUCUUGUCAUAGAAACAUGACAUACAGCCACUAUUUGUGCAUGUACAAGAAUACAUGUAGAAAAAAAAAUGACUACUUGAUAACAGUGGGUGCUGUUGUGAUUGAGAAGCAAGGUUGUUGUGAUUGAGAAGCUUGGUAUAUACAAGAGUCACUGACAGAGUUGGGAUCAAUUUAACUUUGAAAUGAAAAAUUGUAAAGUUUUAUGUGUACAGUCUGAUGUAUGACUUAAGAAAUGAAUGUAUUGUACUGGGAUUGUUGCUGCACAAAUGCAAUUUACUUUCUGGAAAACAGGAUUGACCUCAACCCUGAUUAAUAUAGGGCUCUAGUUGAUUCCACAUUCAAGUGACCCUGAGUCUUGCUGGGUUUUUUUUGUCCUGUUUUCUACUGUGUAGACGGGGCAAAGUGCAAAAAUGACUGGGUCCAACAAAGAAGAAAGCUCAAGUUAGAUAUAUAUAUAUAAAAUGACUCAAAACAUCCUGCCAAAAGUGUGUUAAGCCAGAACGUGAAGUGAAUUUUCAUCUUAUCUGCUAGAUUGCAUUAUUCGCAACAUUCCGAAACGAUCAUCGUACCAAAUGUUUGUUAGCUGUAAGCUAGCUAGCAGCGGCGUCUCCAGUUUCUUCCUUUUCCUUGCAUUUCAUGAGUGAAUUCAUGAAAUUUGAGAUGCUGCCCUCGGCAAAUUUGCAUCUAAUCACAUCUCUCAGCUAAACUUCUCUUGGCGUUCUGUCCGAACACUCACAGGAUGUCUUGGCUCCAGUUUUGGGCACAAAGAAAUGUUUCGUGAUCUCAUGCAUUCAAGGUAAAGCAUUGUUAAAGUCUCGGAACCAGUUUGUCCAAAGAUGUUUCAAGGUGCUUUGUCUAAAUGAUUGCUGGAGCUUCGGUGUUGUGUAAAUAAGAUUUAAAAAGACAGAUAAAGAACACUAAAGCUAGAAAAUAACUGAUUUACGGCGCAAGUCAUAAGAUCUUCGUGGCUUACUGGUUCACUUUGAUUUAAAGGAGUUCUUGCAGUUGGUCAAUGUAUGAUUCUUUUUUUUUUAAUUACCACAUUACAGAGUGCGGUUGAAAAGUGAAAGAGAAGGCAACUGUUACAAACUCUAGAUAUUUGUUUAUCGUGCAUGCAACUACAAUUCGUAACUUGGGAAGAUUAAAAAAAAGAUAUUUUGCAAACUCACAUACAAGAGCUGCCAACUGCUCACUUUAGAGAUGACAUUAUGCCAUGUGAGCCUACAUUAAAAAGAAAAAAAAGUCACAAAAAAAGUAAUCAAAGACUUCAGGUGUUGUAUGGCCUUGGUCCCAUAAUGGAAUGUGAAAUGUUCUGUGCUGCCACAAAAUGUAUUUAGGCUUAGAUUUGUAUGUUUCUCCUCCUUUUUCAUUAGAUUAUCAUGUUAAGCCAUCAAAUAAAGGAUAUACAUUGUACCUGUGUAUUUGAUAUUGCAAGCAUGCAUAACACUCCACAAAGACUACUGUACAUGUAUAGUAAGAUAAUACAAUACAAUGAACUGCAGUUUCAAACAUCCAAUAAAUCAUAAGACAUAUUUUAAUAAAGCUUGAGAAGUUUGAAAUGCUAUUAAACGCUUGCUUGUGCAAAUCCCAA